UUAUGGAGCAGAUCAUGAUCUAUCAACCUGGGCAAACAGGAAUGGGUUGGGUGUGAAUCCAUCUAAGACGGAGCUAGUACUUUUCACUAGAAAAUAUAAAGUUGAGAGUUUUAGCUUGCCGAGAUUAGACGGCGUUGAACUGAAAUUAUCAGAGGGAGCCAAGUAUCUAGGGACCUUCCUCGACCAAAAAUUGUCUUGGAAGAAGAAUAUACAGGAACGGCUUAAAAAGGGGCUCAAUGCCUAUUACACGUGCAGAAACUCCAUUGGUAAGAAUUGGGGUUUGCGACCGGACAUGGUAAAUUGGAUUUACACGUCGGUAGUAAGGCCCAUCAUUACCUAUGGUUGUACUGUGUGGUGGGUAGGAAUGAGGAAAUGCAGCUACAGAUUAAUACUCAGUAAGGCUCAAAGGUGUGCUUCUAUCGGCAUAACAGGUGCCAGGGGCAGUACACCGCAAGCAGCAUUGGAUAUUAUUCUGAAUCUGCUCCCAAUUGAGAAAUAUGUUGAGAGUGUAGCAGCUAGGAACUUAUUCAGACUGUUUGAAUCAGCUCUAGUAAGACCAAAGCGGGUAGGCCACACUAGAAUACUGUACGAGGCAGGUCUAACAGGGAUUGAGGGAAGUACGGAGGGUAUUUCUGAUCAUUUGGUUACGACCCUGGACUUCGGAGUAACACCUUCAAUACUGAUUCCUAGUAGGGAUGAGUGGGAAGGAUCCGAAGUAUUGUUUGAGGGGUGUGCAGUUUUCACUGACGGAUCCAAGAUGGACUCUGGCACAGGUGCCGGGGUUUAUUUGGUAGACAACAAUAUAAGAGUGUCCUACAGACUUCCGGAUGAAUGUAAUUUCCGAAUACUUCAAAAAAACCACCAACCAAUCCUGGUACAGUAGACUGGAUUGUAGGGUUUCUAGGACACUAUGGCCGAAGUUAAAUCGAAAAGCAACCAGAAUGCUAUUAGGAUUGGACAGGAAGAGUACAAGGAUUUUAGUAGGGGUAAUUACCGGACACUGCUCAAUUGGAGCCUUUAGGGGUAAUGGGGUCGGUAACACACAGGAUUUUUGCAGGUUGUGUGAGGACGAAGAGGAACUGGAGACAGUAGAGCAUAUUUUAUGCCACUGUCCCAGAUUACAGAGUCUGAGACUGAAAUGGCUAGGUAAAAGAUUCCACGAUGAACUAGGAGAUGUAGCAGGGUGUAACCUAGGCGACAUUAUGGGCUUCAUUAGGGGAACUUUUUGGAUUUUCAGUUAAUAGACAAUUAAGGAUUUCCCUUUCUGUUCUCUUUUUGAAGGGAAAAUCUCAUUCUUCUCAUCUCUCCUUUUUUCUGUUUUCUUCUGUUUUCUCCUUGUCUUUUAUUAAAGGGAUUCACAAUGGACUAUUGGGUCUCCGAGUGGAUGUAUACAUUGAUAUACAACCCUUUUAAACUAAACUAAAAUAUGGAGCAGAGCACGCUUGACCAAUUUUUUUCAACUGUUUGUAACGAGGAAUCUGCAGAAGAAUCUUCAGAGGAAGAGGAAGAAAAAAACUUAUCAUUUUACCAAUCGUAUAUUAAAAAAAAGAUUUAAAUCAACUACAUCCACUACGAAUUACACAAAUCAUCUAAAAAACUGCCACAACGUCGACAUAAAAUCUUUAAAUUUAAAAAAAAACUUUAGCGUUAACUAGAAAGUCAUUAACGUCGACAUCAAAGAACACAAAAUUUUUACAUGCGAGACGUUUAUGUGAAAUGUGCUGCAUAGACCUGCAGCCAUUUAGUAUUGUUGAAAGGACAGGUUUCCAAAAAUAUGUAAAAAAUUUAGAUCCUUCAAUUUCUUUUCCGAGUUCAACAACGGUUGGAGUUGCUGCAUUAAAUGACGUAUACGACUUUUACUUAAAUUCCGUCAAAGAUAUUUUAAAAACAUCUCCAACUAACAUAUCUUUGGUCACUGAUAUGUGGACAGACCGUUUUAAAAGACUAUCCUACAUCAACAUCAAAAUUCAUUACUGUAAAGAAUUUACACUGCAAAGUGUAUCUCUUAAAACGGAACAAUUUCCACAUCCUCAUACCGGCAAACUAAUCGGAGAGCAAAUUUGUAGUACAUUAAAGUUUUUUGAAAUUGAUAAUAAAAAAAUUACAGCAAUAACAGACUGGGAUCGAAUAUUAUUUCGGCACUUAAAAUUCAAAAAAUUCAACGUUUUGAUUGUAUGGUUCACAAACUUCAUAGAUUUUUGGUACACGACCUCCUAAACAACUCAUCCUUUACAACAAUAAACAAUAUUAUUGGCAACCCUUAGAAAAUAUUUCGUGCUCUUACUUAUAAAGGGGAAGAAAUCCUAAAACUGCAGAUAAUUAAAAAACAAGAUAACGCGUUAAAUAUUUUGCACUCCAUACAAGAGAUCAAUAAUUGUAUUGAUGCAGACAAUAACUUCUCCAUAGGACAACUAGAGGAAGAUUUAGAAGAGGCUUUAAAAGCCCCCAGUUUAAAUACGUUAAAAAAUUCUGUUGGAACUCAAUUUUAUACAUGCUAAACAGUUUUAUAGAAAAUAUGGAGAUAAUAAAUAUAUUGUUGUUACAAAUAAAGAAAGACAACCUGCUUAUUCCAGAGAUGGAGCAGGGAAUAAUAAAUGAAUUAAGAGACUUUUUGGAAAUUUUUUCGGAGGCAACAACGUACCUACAAGGUCAAGAAUACGCCACCAUUUCAACAUGUGUAUAUUUUUUUGAGAACAUUUAUAUGAGUAUGGUUGAGAAAGCGGACUUGGCGUCAUUUGAUAUUAUAAUCAAUUUAUACGAUCAUGCUAAACAACAUUUUUAUAAAAGAUUUAAAAUCCUAAAAGUACAUGUUUUAGCGGCUUUGAUGGACCCGUGCCACAAAGAUUGGUGUAAACUAGAGAACUACAUUAAAAGAAUUCCACACUCCGAUAGUUUGCCGGACGAUUUCGUAUUGGAAGGGGAUGUUGCAAAUCCAAUAACCAAAGAAAAAUUAAUUUUAUUUGAAUUGCUGAAACAUGGAAUCGGCGAAAGUCCUUCUAGUAUCCUUACUCCUGCCGAUCAACCAGAAAAAAUAAACAAAAUUUCAAAUACGCGCAGAAAAAUGCUAAAUUUUAUGAGUUCCGAAGCAAACUCGAUUGAGGAUGAUAUGUUAAAGGAGAUACAAAAGUAUCUAAAUACAUCAGUUUCGGAGACGGAAAGUUUAGAAUGGUGGAAGGAGCACCAAAAGGUUUUUCCAAGGGUUGCAAUAUUAGCAAACAUAUUGUUUGGAAUACCGGCAACCUUAGCGUCAUCCGAAGUAGCAUUUUCAAUGGCUGGAUCAUGCAUAGUAGAGAAAAGGCCAAGGCUCAAUCCGUCAACAGUAAAAAACAAUUGUUUAUCCAUGACAAUUUUAAAUUGGUGUCAUCUGUGACGGAAUAUUUGGUGAAAUAACUACAAAUACAAAAAACUUCUUAAACGAAAUAAAUAUUUUAAUGUUUAAAAAAAUUUGAAAAUUUUUGUAUACUAUUACAAACCAAUUAUUUUUCACAUUUUUUAUUUACCUCUUCAUAAAUCUUAAAAAAUUUAAAUUUUUUUAUCUAUGUGAUACAAACAUAAAAAUAUUGUAAAUGUGUAGUUAAACUUUGUUAAUACAAUUUAUAAAUUGUUUCUUGUAUAUAAAUCAUAGCUGUUAAAUUUUGAUUACUAAUCAAUUAAAUUACUAUUAUAUAAAUUAAUAUUACUAUUGAUUAUUUUUUGUUAUUUUUCAUAUAUAUGUAUUAUACAUAUACAUAAUGUAUAUAGCACAGACUAAAUUUUUUUUCGAUUAAGUUUAAUUCAAAUCGUUUUUUGCAAACCGUAUUUUUUAAAAUUCCGAAAUUUCAAACGCAAUUAUUAACAAUAUUUACAUAAAUAUUGAAUUUUAUACUUUACCAUUAAUAUAACGUAAUACGCGUAAAACACAAUAUUUUUUUCUUAAACUUUGUCAUACUAUUUUUAAAGAAGAAAAAAAUUGAUAAAUUUAUUGUUUUCAAUAUUUAUUUCAAUA